GGCUCGCUCCCCCAAAUGAGCGGUUCGCCCGCUGGAUCUAACGCAAGGACAUCGGCCAGCAGCAGCGGAGGCAAGAGCGCGGCAGCGGCGGCACCCACCCCUCCCGCAGCCCAGUCCCCGGGAGCCGCGUACCCGGCCGGGCUCUCGCACCUGCCCCCGGACGACCCCCUGCGCCAGGCGAACCGGCUUCCCAUCAGGGUCCUGAAGAUGCUGAGCGCCCACAGCGGACACCUCCUGCACCCGGAAUACCUGCAGCCCCUCUCGUCCACGCCCGUCAGCCCCAUCGAGCUGGAUGCCAAGAAGAGCCCACUGGCGCUCCUGGCGCAGACCUGCUCGCAGAUCGGCAAGCCUGACCCGCCACCCGCCUCCAAGCUGAACUCGGGCGCUUCCGCCGGCCUCCCCGGCUCGGACAAGGAAUCGGGCAGCCGCGCCGCCUCCGGGGCCCUCAAGCAGCUGGGGGAGCCUGCCGGCGAGGACAAGUCCAGCUUCAAGCCCUAUUCCAAAGGCGGCAGCGGCGAUCCACGCAAAGAGGGCGGCGGCGGCGGCCCGCCAGGGCAGGCCGGCCCGGGCUCCGAAAAGACCGGCUUCCGAGUGCCCAGCGCCGCCUGCCCGCCUUUCCCUCCGCACGGCGCCGCCGCUCCCGCCUCGUCCUCCUCCAGCGCCUCCUCCCCGGGCGGCUCGCGGGGCAGCUCCCCGCACCAUUCGGAGGGCAAAGGAGGAGGAGGGCCCGAGGAGAAGAAGGAGCUCGAGGGAGACGCCAAGGCCAGCCCGGAGGGCAACGUGGGGAGCCGGGCGGGCAGCGGCGCGGGAAGCGCCGAGCCGGGAGCGCACAGCGAGGCCUCUUCCGGGCGCAAGUCGGAGCCGCCCGCCCUGGCGGCCUCGGGCCACGUGGCCCCGGUGUCGCCUUACAAGCCGGGCCACUCGGUCUUUCCCCUGCCUCCGUCCAGCAUCGGCUACCACGGAUCCAUCGUCGGGGCCUAUGCAGGCUACCCUUCCCAGUUCGUGCCCAGCCUGGAUCCUACCAAGGCUGGCCUGGUGAGCAGCCAGUUGCCUGGGGCCCUGGGGUUGCCCGGGAAGCCCCCCAGCUCCAGCCCGCUGACUGGGGCCUCGCCUCCUUCCUUCAUGCAAGGAUUAUGCCGCGACCCCUAUUGCCUGAGCUACCACAGCGCCUCCCACUUAGGCACCAGCAACUGUUCCAGCUGCGUCCAUGACCCCGGCAGCCUGAAAAGUGGAUACCCCUUGGUGUACCCCACCCACCCGCUCCAUACCACCCUCUCCAGUGCCACGCCCAGCCUGCCGGGCCACCCCCUCUACACCUACGGCUUCAUGCUCCAGAACGACGCCCUGCCCCACAUAUGCAACUGGGUGUCGGCCAGCGGACCCUGCGACAAGAGGUUUGCCACCUCGGAGGAACUCCUGGCCCAUUUACGGACCCACACCACUCUGCCCGGGGCGGAAAAACUCCUGGCUGGCUACCCUGCCUCGGGGCUGAGUUCUGCCGCAUCCUGCCACCUCCAUCUCCCGCCCACGGCCCCCGGAAGCCCCAGCUCCUUGCCGGGAUCCCUGUCUUUGAGAAGUCCACACACUUUGGGACUAAACAGAUACCAUCCCUACGGCAAGAGCCAUUUGCCCACAGCCGGGGCAUUGCCCGUGCCCUCCUUGCCAGCGGCUGGACCCUACUAUUCUCCGUAUGCCCUGUAUGGCCAAAGACUAACUUCAGCCUCUGCACUUGGAUAUCAGUAACUAAAGCGCAUCUCCCCUGCCCCCGUCUCGUGACUUCUCUUGCCCCUUGCCCUGGACUGUGUAUUUAUUGACUGUAUGUUAGCUUAAAGCUGGGAAUAUAAGUGCAUUAAUACACCAAUGAAUCAAUGGUAUGCAAAAAGUCUGUGCCCCCCCCUCACAAAAAAAGAAUCCCUUUACUUUU